GCUUCAAAGCGCUCUUCGUCACUCUAUUCAUCGUCCUAUUUUUCAGUUUCGAGUCAUGUCGACUAUGAAGGCUUUUAUUGUGGAGACCCCCGGUGGUGUCGAAAACAUGAUCUACAAGGACAUUCCCAAACCUAAAGCUGGAAAAGACUCCGUCCUCAUAAAGAAUCAUUACGUCGGUGUCAAUUAUAUUGAUACUUACCAUCGCCGCGGUAUCUAUCCUCUGCCAACACCGUUCACUCUGGGCCGCGAAAGUGCUGGCGAGGUGACGGAAGUCGGUGAAGAUGUGACGGAUUUCAAAGUGGGCGAUAAAGUUAUUUGCUUGGGCGCCGAAGCGUAUGCAGAAUACAGCGUUGCCAAGGCUUCGAUGGUGGAGAAGAUCAAAAAUGACGUGUCCUACGAAAAAGCGGCCACUUUGGGCGUUCAAGGACUCACUGCAUGGACCAUUGUAAGAGACGCUUAUCCUGUAAAGAAGGGUGACUUCAUUUUGGUUCAUGCUGCCGCUGGCGGAGUUGGAUUGCUUUUGUGUCAAAUGUGCAAGUAUCUUGGUGCCACGGUCAUUGGUACCGUAAGCUCCGAAGAGAAAGCGGCCAUCGCACGUCAGCACGGUGCUUCGUAUGUGAUCAACUAUUCCCAUGAAGAUGUGGUGGAAAAAGUGAAGGAAAUUACUGGAGGACUUGGCUGUCACGGUGUGUUGGAUGGCGUUGGAAAAGAAACGUUUGACACCUCCAUUGCUUGUGCACGUCGUCUGGGCUCGGUUAUUUCUUUUGGCAACGCAUCUGGUGUGGUACCUCCCAUUUCCAUCACUGAAAAGCUGGCUCCUAAAAAUCUGAAACUGAUGCGACCGGUAUUAUUCAAUUAUCUGACCACGCGCGAGGAAUCCAAGAAGUGGUGGGGAGAGCUGUUUGAUCUUAUCGAUAAAGAUGUGCUCAAAUUCAAUAUCCACAAAGUCUACUCGUUGGAAGAUGCCAAGCAGGCCCAUAUUGAUAUUGAAAGCCGAAAAACGUCUGGCAAACUUUUGAUCAAGGUGUCCGAAUAAAUAAAUUGGCCUUCUUUUUUUUAUUGCUUUCUG